AUGCAGCAGCUGACUCCGACCCACAAGCUGGCGGUAUGCUUAGCAGCUGGCGUCGCUGUCAGACUCGCCUGCUUUGCAAUAUGGCCGGAGUCACUACAGCGCCGUCCAGAGCUGACAUCUCCUCUGACCUCCUUUCGCAGCUUGCAGGAGGGAGUCUUCCUGUUUGGGAAAGGAGACAAUCCAUAUACGGGCGGAGUCUUCUACUACUCUCCCAUCUACCUCGCCAUCUUCUCCCAUCUUCAGGCUUCACCACUACUAUGGGUGAUAGCGGACCUCAUGGGAGCCCUGGCGCUUAGCAGGAUCGAUACCACUCGAUGCUCCGAUGAUAAAGGCUAUAAGGCUGCUGCUCUAUACCUCUUCAACCCCUAUAUUCUGCUGUCUUGCCUUGCAAGAUCAACAGCUGGAUUGGAGAAUGCUGUGCUCCUCUGGGCAAUCUGCGGAAGGACGACCAACGACCUCCUGCUAUCCGGUACUUGCUUAGCGUUCGUCUCGCACACCUCCAUCUACCCGAUUUUGCUCUUACCGCCGCUCCUCAAGGGCUUAAGCUCCCGACAACGCGCAAUACUAGCUGGAGCUUUUGCUGUUGUAUUCGGAACCAUAGCGGCGGGCAACACCUUGGUGUUCGGAAGCAGCUGGAUUCGGCCAACAUGGGGCACAAUUUUGACGGUGUCUGAUCUCACUCCAAACGUCGGGAUGUGGUGGUACUUCUUCACCGAGAUGUUUGAUCAUUUCCGACAGUUCUUCCUUGGUGUCUUCCAGCUCCACACCGCCAUCUACGUCCUUCCCGUUUGUCUCCGGAUCGAGGAUCCUCUUCACGCAACGCUUAUCCUCCUCGGCGUCAUAUCGACAUGGAAGAGCUACCCGACCCUCGCUGAUCUGGGGGUAUGGGCGGGCCUACUCGGCUGCUUUCCCGAAAUCACGGCCAACCUCCGACAUCCGCUCUUCACCCUCGCCACGUAUCUACACACCUUCAUCCUACUCCCUCUACUGCAUUCGCUCUGGCUAUUGACGGGUACGGGGAACGCCAACUUCUUCUACGCGGCGACAAUGGUGCAUGGCUUGAACUCGGCGCUGGCAGUGGUGGAUGUGGUAACGGCGGUUAUGCGAUUCAGGUUGAAGAAGGUUGUACAGUGGAAGGAUACGUAUAAGGCUGUCCAAAUCACAGCUAUAGAGUGA